AUGGCUGAGGAAAAACGUACUGCCACCUUCAAAAUCUUCUUCGAAGUGCCCCGCUUUACCAUCAACUACAAGAACAAGAAGGAUCUCUUCAAAGCUUUUCAGAAGAAGCUAGAGGAGCUUAAUCUGAACUCUGAUGGCAUUAUGUGGGCAGAUUGGGACGGUGACCGUUUUGUAAUCAAAUCUCCCGACGACCUUCUUGGGGCAGUCGAUCUUUACAGCGGCAGCCCCGUGAAAAUAUUCUAUCCUACUCCACGUCAUCAGGAAACAACAAUCUCCAGCAGUGAUGAAGAAGAGAAGAAAGAAGAAGAAAAGAACGAGGAGGAGAAGUGUGAAGAAGUGGAAGUGAAGGGAUGCAGAUCGCGCUCUCCAUCUUGCGAUCGUCGUCGUCAUCGUUCGAGGUCUUUCUCUUGCGAUGAGCGUGGUCCCUAUGGUUACUCAAAAAUACCUAUCAAUCCACAUGCAGAUUCAGGCUUUUCUUACGGUUACUCAGUUCCGCCACCUUACUAUUUAUUCAAUCCAGCGCUGGGGAUGGAUCCACGCUGUCCUUAUAUGCAGCCCUAUAUUCACAAAGAUAACUUUUUGCCACCUUUCGCUGAACAGUCCUGCAAAUUUAUGCCGUCCUUCCUUUCCGAGAUACCUUGUAAAACCAAGAACUCCAAGCGACAGCGGCGUCGCCAAUGCAGUUGUGAGCGUUUGUGUAAGGAUUUGAGCAAAAUGUAA